AUGCCCGGUCUUAUCGCUAGCAACGAUGCGAGUCGGAAACGCAAGCGGGCAGUAAACGGAACGACAGAUGCGACCAAGCCACGAAAGGCGCCCAAGGCUACCAGGACGACGUCCAGCGACGAUGUGCAGACUCGCGUCCUGCUGCUGGAGGAGCAGAUUCUCGAAUCGCAGGAACACUACAACAACAUAGUCGAACUGCAGAGAUUGGUGGACACCAUCAGCAAAAAGCCCAAGACUGCAACUAUUGCGGCAGUUGCAUCGUGUCGAGUCUUUUGCAGGUUGAUCGCUGGGGACAGACUCGUUAAGCAAAGUGGCGCAUCAGAAGCAGAGGUUCAGGUGGUGCAAUGGCUGAAGGGUCGACUAAAAGAUUAUGCCCAGAAUCUGCUGGGAUGGAUUGGUAGCCCCGAUGCGACGCAAGAGAGUACAGCUCUGACGCUGCUCAUGAGGAUCGUCAAGGAAGAGGCUUCUGGGGACCACAAGAAGGCGGACCAGUCAUGGAGAAAUGAUAAGUCUACGUUCAUGUCGCUGGUGCGACGGUUGCUACAGAGCGACGAUGCCGAAGGUGCACGGCAAGAGUUCGUGGAAAAGUUUGUCGAGGAGCAUGACGAUGUACGCUUCUACACCUUCGUUGCCGUCAAGCACGUCCUGAGCGAGGACGACCAAGUCGCGGCCAGCAACGCGGUUGAUGUCUUGUCGCAAGUUGAGGGUGUUCCGGAGUCUGAUGGAGAGCUGGAAGACUGGUACGCGAAUGAGCCACAAGGAAAGCACCAAUUACUGUCUCUUAAUGCACAUCGAAAAGCUGCACGAGAGGCGUGGAUCGCAGUGUUUCGAUCAGUCUUGUCCCACAGCGAUCGGAAGAAAAUACUCGGCAUCAUGACAGUUCAGAUCUUGCCAUGGUUCACUGGCCACAUCGAGCUACUGACAGACUUCCUGACGGACUCCUUCAACCAAGGAGGCUCCAUGUCGCUUCUUGCCCUGUCCGGUAUCUUCAACAUGAUGACACAGAAGAACCUUGACUAUCCCGACUUCUACACGAGACUCUACAGCCUACUGGACGAGGAUUUACUUCACAGCAAGCACAGGAGCCGCUUCUUCCGACUGCUCGAGACCUUUAUGGCAUCUACGCAUUUGCCCGUCGCGAUGAUCGCAAGCUUUGUCAAGCGAUUGUCCAGACUAGCACUUCAAUCACCGCCAGGCGGUAUUGUCUGGAUCGUGCCUUGGAUCUACAAUAUGCUGAAGGCCCACCCUCCCUGCACCUUCAUGCUGCACCGUACACCUCAUCCCGGUCAUGCGAUAUAUGCCUCAAACCCAAAGUACGAGGACGAAGGCAUGGACGACCCAUUUGACAUGCGACGGAUGGACCCAAUGCUCACCGGCGCCAUCGACUCGAGCUUAUGGGAGCUCGAGACUCUUCAGACCCAUUUCCAUCCUAACGUGGCAACGCUUGCCAAAAUUCUGAGCGAGCAGUUCACGAAGCGGGAUUAUCAGCUUGAGGACUUCCUUGAUCACACAUAUCAGACUUUGGUGGAUGCAGAGCUUGGGAAGGAGACGAAGAAGGCACCUGUUGUGGAGUGGGAAAUUCCCAAGCGGAUUGUCACUUCAGAGGAUGGAGGCCUGAACGAUGUUGGGAAACUGCUUCACACAGCAAUUGAUGUUCAAUCAGCUUAA